AUGGCCAAACUCCUUUGUGCGGUCGGUCUUCUGUGCAUCUUUAUGAGAUACGCCACGGGUGUGCGGUCCAUGCCAAAAGAGGAGAAGGAAUAUGAGCUGAUCCAACAGUUGGAUGAAGACGUGAUGGCUUCGCUGCACGAGCUCAACAAGUCCGCCACGACCUUGCCGUCACCCAUCACCCCGCGCGUCAAGGUCUUCGGGUCGAGCCUUGAAGGCUUCGAGGACGUGCCAAGUGGCCUCCUAGAAAAGGAGAUGGAGUCCACGGAGGAGGGCUGCAGGGACGGAUAUGCGAAGACCAAGAAGGUGCUCGGUGCAGGAGUGUAUGGUACUGUCUAUGAGGUUGAGAAGAAGAUUCAUGAGAAGUGGUAUAAAAGACGGCAGAGACAGCGCGGCUUUGCUCUGAAAAUUCCCAAGGGGGACCGUGGCAUCAGAAGCACGCAGAAAGAGAUGGCUGUGCUUGAUGAUGUUGGUACUUGCAAAGGUGUUUUGUCCAUGAUCGACAAAUCUCCCUGCGUGGAUGGAAAGAAGAUGCCGAACUCCUAUGUGACCAAGAUGUAUGCGGGCGACCUGCACAAGUGGUCGAAAGUGACGCCCAUUAUGACACGCGUGCACUGCUACCAGACAGUCUUUAGCCAGGUGGCGGCCGGCCUGACCUGCAUGCACGAGAAAGGUUGGAUUCACAACGACGUCAAGGCGGCCAAUAUCCUCUACGAAGGCCUUGAUGACAAGGGCUGUCCGGAAGGACUGGUCUUGGCCGACUUUGGCAUCUCAUACAAGAUUGGCAGCCCCAUCAGUCCAUUCAAUGAAGAAGAUUACAUGUCGGCCUUCUACAUUGUCGAAAGCCUCUUCUAUGGCAUGAAGGACCCGCUGAAGAUCGUCCGGAGCUUUGAGCUAGAAAACGGCGGCGCUAUGCUCCUGCCAACGGCCAUCCCGAAGAUCGACCUGUGCUCUGCCGCCUUCAUGAUUUAUCGCAUUUGGAACUACAAAGAACCUGCCCUCCAAAAGUUGAUGGGGGCUGGCACCUGUGGCCCCAUGGGCCCUGGACGCACACAGCUCUUUCCCUGA